CAGUUUUUGAAUGAUGACAAUGAGAUCCUUCAGGCUGAAGACCAACAUUCCAGGGACUUUCCCACUUUUCGUGUACAUUUUGGUGAACAUUUUGACGAUUUUCUACCCUCUCAAGCUCAAAAUCCGCACAAUCCCGAGUCCACCGAGUCAGCAACAAACGAAGAAAAUCAAAAGCCACCACAAGAGUUGGAUGUUUCAAGAUUUCCUAUCAUUUCAAGCGAUGAAAUACAGGAGCUUAAGUCUGUCGCUUCGAAUAAAAAUACAUUCCGCUCCACAAAACAAUGGAUGAAUGUUUUCAGAAGCUGGUGUCAAUGCCGCCAUCUUGAAUAUGUCUCCAUCGAAACAAUGGCGCCUGAAAAACUUGACAAGGUCUUGAGUAAGUUUUACGCCGAGGUGAAAAAAAAGGACGGAGAUGACUACGAGCCAGAAUCCCUUAAAAUCAUGCAGAGUGCCAUUGAACGGUAUCUAAAGGAGAAGAACUAUCCAUUGAGCAUCGUGCGAUCGAGAGAGUUUCACUCCUCACAAGAAAUCCUCAAUGCGAAAGCAAUUUCCCUACGUCAACAAGGAAAGGGAAAGAGACCCAACAAAGCUCAGCCAAUCACACCUGAAGAAGAGUCAGCCCUGUGGGAAAAAGGUCAGUUGGGUGAUUUUAAUGGAAAGGUCUUGACCAAUGUCAACUUCAAAAAUUUGACAGAACAACUGGGAUUUCGUGGUCGCCAAGAACACUACGAUGCAUACGUAGAAGACGUAAUUAUAAGACAGCGAGAAGAUGGAACUGAAGUUGUUGAGUUCAGGGAAGGUCCCACAAAAACGCGGAGCGGUGGUCUCACCAUCAGGCGAAGAACAACACCACAGGCAAUGUUCAGCACCGAUGGCGGAAAAAAGCGAUCCAGUGCGGCUAUUCAAGCUUUGGUUGUCCAAGCGACCCGAAGGAAUGA